GCGCCAAUAGCAGAUUCUGAGGAUUUGUUUUCACAUCCGUACCACCGUAGUGGGGGCGUGGCCACGGUAAAAACGUAUUUCCGUGAAAACUGUGCCUGUCAGUCACGGUCUGCCUCUUUGGUGCUGUGCGAGGCUGCGAGCUCAAGAGGAACGACUUUUCAGACGCGGAUAGACAAAAGACUCAACCAUGGCCUCUGGGGUGACAGUGACCGAUGAAGUUAUUACAGUCUUCAACGAGAUGAAGGUGCGUAAGGCCCAGGCGAACGAGGACGAGAAGAAGAAGCGGAAGAAGGCGGUGCUGUUCUGCCUGAGCGAGGACAAGAAACACAUCGUCCUUGAAUCGGGUAAAGAGAUCCUGACUGGCGAUGUGGGUACUACCAUUGCAGACCCCUACCUGCACUUUGUCAAGAUGCUGCCCGCAGAUGACUGUCGCUACGCCCUCUAUGACGCCACCUACGAGACCAAGGAGACCAAGAAAGAGGACCUGGUCUUCAUCUUCUGGGCCCCAGAUGGUGCUCCACUGAAGAGCAAAAUGAUCUACGCCAGCUCAAAGGAUGCCAUUAAAAAGAAAUUCACAGGUAUCAAGCAUGAAUGGCAAGUUAACGGUUUGGAAGACAUCAAAGAUCGGCGAACCUUAGCAGAGAAGCUUGGAGGCUCGUCAGUGGUCACCCUUGAAGGUGGGCCUGUAUAAAUCCCGUCUCGGGUAUGAUCUGAGGCCUACAGGGAAAGAAAAAAAAAACAGAAUUUUAAAUCCCGUGGGUAUGGCUGUUCAUUCCAGAAUGAUAAGGAAUUAGGUGAGGGGGGUUUAGAGUACAAAUUUGAGGGUGUUGGGAUGGGGUAUUUUGUUGUGUGGAGAAAAAUCAAGCAUGCUGUUUCAUGGUUUAAAAUUGUGGUUAUCAUUCCACUUGUCACAAUGAAGAACACAGACAUGUCUUAAAUGGCAAUUUGUGAUGAAGGAUUAUGAAAAAAUAGAUGAAGAUUUGUCACCAUUUCUGAGAUUGGCCUUGCAACUUCCAAACUCAUGAAGAAUGAUAUCUAAUGGAAGAAAAUUUGCCCUUGCAUUUUCCAACUAAUGAACAAAAUGGGUUUUACAGAGACUUUUUUUUUAAACAGAUGAGUACUGGUUAUGUCUCUUGUUUAAUGGAGGGGUGUCUGGAUCAGGCAGAUGAAAGAAACUGAUGAGCAAGCCUAUGACCAACCCACUGGGUUAAUUUAUGCACUUUGUUCACAUGCAUCUGAUGGCAAUUCCUGUAUUGCCAAAUUAGUUAUGCUUUAGCAUGUCUAGCUAAAUCUAGUUUUAUUUUCCAGCAUGCUUCCAGUAAAAUUAAAAUUCCAAAAUGUGACCUUAUUCUAUUAAGUUAUUUCCAAAACCUUUGAGCAAACAGUAAAUGUGCUGUGUACAAACAAAAAUGCAUUCCUUUUUUCAUGAUAAUCUCAGAACAGCUUGAACAGGGAUCAAUUGGAGUCAGGGGUAUGUCGUAGUGUGGGUGGCUCAAGUUGGAAGAAGCCUAUGAGAGCAAGUAAAGUGUAUAUGUGGGUGUUCUGUUUUUGUCUCCUUGUCUAAAUAAAGAAAAUGCACUUACAUUUAUUA